CAUAAUUCAUUUCAUCUGAUAACUCUCUCUCACACACUAUAUAUAUGGAAACAUUUUGUUUAGCUCCAGCAUAAUUUAAAACAUUGACCAACAGAGCCAAUACAUAUAAUGAAGGCAACAUUACUCAACAACGUAGGGAAACUAUCCAUGGCCACCUCAAGAAGACCAACUCCAUCUACUUGUUUUUUCAGUCAAUGGAAACCAUCACUAGUUGUAUCAAAAGCAUACCUCUCUGCUGCUGGUGGCAUGAAAUUAAAAAGCACAGUUCAGUGCACUAAAGCUUCUGCAGUGAAAUUAGCUGAACCAAAUUCCGCUACCACCAUCAGACGUUCAGGGAAUUACAAACCAACAACAUGGGAUUUUGAAUACAUUCAGUCCGUCAACAAUCGUUACGUGGGAGAUAAGUAUAUAGAGCGGUUUGACGAGCUGAAGAAGGAAAUGAAGAAGAAUUUGAUGAUGACGGUUCAUGAGGGAUCCGAAGAAUUCGAUGCUAAGUUGGAGUUGAUUGAUAAUUUGGAAAGGCUUGGAGUGAGCUACCACUUCAAGGAUGAAAUCAUGCAGAUUUUGAGGAACAUACAUGACCAAAAUGCAGCCAUAGGAGAUUCAUUAUACACAACAGCCUUGAAGUUUAGGCUCCUGAGACAACAUGGUUUCCAUAUCUCUCAAGACAUAUUAAACAAUUUUCAGGACGAGCAUGGCAAUCUCAAGCAGAGUAUCUGUAACGACACAAAAGGAUUGUUAAAAUUGUACGAAGCUUCAUUUCUCUCUACAGAAAAUGAAACCACUUUGAACAAUGCCACAAGAUUCACAAUGGCACGUCUAAAGAAUUAUGCUGAUAAUCAUUGUGGUGAUCAAGACAAUGUAAUGGCAUCAUUAGUACUCCAUGCCUUGGAAGUUCCAAGACAUUGGAUGAUGCCAAGAUUAGAGACAGAGUGGUAUAUUAGAAUUUACGAGGGAAUGCCAAAUGCUAAUCCUCUUUUGCUCGAGCUUGCUAAAUUGGACUUCAACAUUGUUCAAGCAACACAUCAACAAGAUUUGAGAAUUCUAUCAAGGUGGUGGAAAAACACAGGGCUUGCAGAAAAGCUGCCAUUUUCGAGGGAUAUACUAGUUGAGAAUUUGAUUUGGGCAGUGGGAGCAUUGUUUGAGCCACAACACAGCAAUUUUCGAAGAAUGAUAACAAAAGUUGUUGUUUUUAUUUCCAUCAUAGAUGAUAUUUAUGAUGUCUAUGGCACUCUUGACGAAUUGGAACUCUUCACUCAUGCUAUUCAAAGAUGGGAUGUAAAUGCAAUGGAACAACUUCCAGACUAUAUGAAAGUAUGUUAUCUCGCACUCUUCAAUGUUAUCAAUGAAGUGGCAUAUGAGGUUCUCAAAAAUCAUGGGGUUGACGUCCUACCUUACCUUACAAAAUCAUGGACAGAUUUGUGCAAAUCAUACUUACAAGAAGCAAGAUGGUAUCACAUUGGAUAUAAGCCAAGUAUGGAAGAAUACAUGGAAAAUGCAAGGAUUUCAGUAGCAGUACCAAUGGUAUUAGUGCACUCAUUGUUCCUCGUCAAUGAUCCAAUCACCCAGGAGGCCAUGGAAUCCUUAAGUAAUUAUCCUGACAUUAUUCGACAGUCUGCUACUAUUUUUCGUUUGGCUGAUGAUUUGGGGACAUCAUCGGAUGAACUGAAAAGAGGUGACGUUCCCAAAUCAAUUCAGUGUUACAUGAACGAAAAUGGUGCUUCUGAAGAAGAGUCAAGAGAACACAUUAGAUUUUUGAUAAAGGAGACAUGGGAAGCGUUGAACACAGCUGAAAGAAAAAAUUCACUAUUUUCUGAAACAUUUGUUAGAAUAACAAAAGAUAUAACAAGAACAUCACACUUCAUGUAUCUUCAUAGCGAUGUUAAAAGUAGCAUCUCCAAGAUACUUUUUGAGCCAAGCAUUAUUCUUAAUGCCGCAUUCAUUGGCUAAUUAAGUAAUUUUAUCCCUAGACUAUGUAGCAUUACUUUGGUUUUACAUGUAUUGAGAAUUUAAUGAUUAUAAGUUUCUAUGGCGAUCUCCAAAAAAUAUUUAUGAAUUUUUCAA